UUUCAUGACUUUUUAUUUGUUAAAAGAUAGAUGAUAAUGUCAUCAUCAAAUAAUACUAGUGUCAUUCUUACUCCUAAGAAAGUUAUUCUUCAUGUAUCUUCUGUAAAGAGGGACGAACUGGAAGUUUUAGCUUGUUAUAACUUAGAUGCUUGUCAUACCACACCUGAGAAAACCAUAUUCUUCCAGAAGCAAGUGAUAAAUGCUCCAGAUACAAGAGCAAGAAAGGUUACAAAAAGUCCAAAUAAUGCUAGAUCUCCUAAUUCUUCCCCAUCAGAUACUCCAUCCAAAAUUAGUACACGCAAAAGUGCGAGGAAUUCACAAAAAAGUCUAAAACGAAAAGCAGAUAAGAGUGGAUUAAAUGAAAGGGAUGAAACUGUCACUUGUACUCCUAAAAAACGUUCUACUCUCCGUGGCAAUGUAAAAAAAAAUACAAAGAUUAGCCAGGAAUUUUUAAUUAUAUAA